AAACUACUAAAGAACUACUAGGCAUUGCAAUUAAUUUCGAUUUAAUAACGGCUUCCUCCGAUUGCAAGGUCCGGUCCAAGCUAUUACCUUCCCCAAGCGCUAUCCUAUGCCACCGUCGGUUCGGGGAUCUUACUACCACCCGUGCAUGGCUUGAUCUCGGAGAUAUCAAUUACAUUACAACAGUGCUUGAAAACUUUUCGCUGGCAAGCAUGACGGAAUGAUUGUCCUUUCUUUACUUUCACUAUCUCUCCUUGUGGCGUUGUCCUCGCUCACCUCCGCGGCAUCGGACUACCAUGAGAGCCUCGUCUUACAGCCACUGCCGCAGUCGUCCUUGUUGGCAUCCUUCAAUUUCCGAAGCAAUGCUUCGCAGGAAUCCUUUGAUGGGCGGAAUUAUCGCCACUUUCCCCGUGCGCUAGGUCAAAUAUUGCAACAUGCUCACACGAAAGAGUUACACCUACGAUUCACCACGGGAAGAUGGGAUGCUCAAAGCUGGGGUUCGCGUCCCUGGAAUGGAGUGAAGGAAGGAAACACGGGCGUUGAACUGUGGGCAUGGAUUGAUGCAGCAGAUGAUCAAGAGGCGUUCGCGAGAUGGAUUACUCUGACCCAAUCUCUGUCCGGUCUGUUCUGCGCAUCGCUCAACUUCAUCGACUCGACUCGGACUACUCGACCUGUUGCAUCAUUCGCCCCCACCGGAGAUCAUUCACCCUCGAGUAACUUACAUCUCCUGCAUGGAACGCUUCCGGGUGAAGUUGUCUGUACGGAGAAUCUAACGCCUUUUUUGAAACUACUACCAUGCAAGGGCAAGGCCGGUGUUGCCAGUCUGCUUGAUGGACACAAAUUGUUUGAUGCAUCUUGGCAAAGCAUGUCGGUCGAUAUACGUCCUAUCUGCUCUCAGUCGGAUGAUUGUCUCAUCCAAAUCGACCAAACUGUGGACAUUGUGCUUGAUCUUGAAAGGUCGAAACGCCCUCGAGACAAUCCAAUUCCACGACCGGUUAAUAAUGAUCAGCUUGUCUGCGAUACAUCUAAGCCAUAUCACUCAGACGAUACCUGUUAUCCUUUGGACAAAACUUCCGAAGGAGGUUGGAGCCUGAGCGAAAUCUUUGGGCGGACUGUCAGCGGCGUUUGCCCCUUGGGUGAUAGCCAAAGCUCUGAAGAAACUGUUUGCUUGCGUGUACCACACGAACGAGGAGUGGCUGUCUCUGAAGGCGCGGUCGAGAUCAGGAAGCCGGACGGCUUCGCUCGCUGUUACACACUACAGCCCUCCAGUGCAUUCGACCUGGUCGUGCCUGAGCAAGAAGCCACAGCCCAUGUUCCUCUAGCCGAACCUGUGUUAAGCGCAGAGCGAACAAUUGUUGGUCAUGGCGUGGAACGAGGCGGCAUGCGGAUCAUCUUUGAUAAUCCAUCCGCUACAGACACGGUCGAUUUCAUCUAUUUUGAAACACUCCCUUGGUUCUUGCGGCCGUUUAUACAUACGCUACAAGCGACAAUCACUGGACGUGAUGGGGUUCGCCGACAAGCCCCCACUUCGCAGCUCAUCAAGGAGACUUUCUACCGGCCAGCGAUCGACAGAGAACGCGGUACACAAUUCGAACUAGCUCUCUCAGUUCCUGCUGCUUCUAGCGUGACGCUUACAUAUGACUUCGAGAAGGCAAUUUUACGGUACACCGAGUACCCACCGGACGCGAAUCGUGGCUUCAACGUUGCCCCAGCGGUGAUCAAGCUGGGUGGGCCUAAGAACCCAACCUACAUGCGCACGACUAGUCUUCUCUUGCCGCUCCCAACCCCGGAUUUCAGCAUGCCGUACAAUGUGAUCAUCCUUACCAGUACGGUCAUUGCUCUGGCAUUUGGAAGCAUCUUCAACCUCUUGGUCCGUCGCUUCGUCUCUGCAGAAGAGGCAGCCGCAGCCAAUUCACAGACAUUAAAGGGCCGGCUAGCCGGUAAAGUAGUAGCUCUACGAGAUAGGAUAAAGGGGAAGAGCUCCAAGGUUGAAUAGUAGCCUUAUCAUCACGUGGAGGGAAUCAAUAAUGCACAUAUGUUAUGUCUUUUGCAA